AUGGUGUCGCCCACCCCUUGUGACAUCCUGACCGCGGCUGACCAUGCAUGCCAGUGGCCACGGAGUCCCGGACUCUCUGACGUCCCUCAGCCCCCCAUCAAUAAAACUGUUUACAACCACCUGCACCCCAGCUCUGUUUCUGUUCUCCCUAGGGCCCCGGUGCCCUACCUGGCCAGAUCCUUGUUCUCUCUGCUGCUUAUCAUGGCUUUCAGCCCACACCCCAGCUUCGCCUGCUUCAUGACCCUCCUGAAAAAUGGCACGUCCGUCGCCAGCUUUCCCCUGGGGCAGGUGCCCAGGACUCUCCCUGCCAACACCAUCUAUGUGGCAGUGGAAGUUUUCAACCUCACCAACCUAUUCGACGGAUUCCUACAAAGCGCCCCAAACUUGCGCCAGCUGCAUCUUUCCAACAACCAGCUGCAGAACUUCUCGACCAAUCUCCUGCGGCCGGUGCCUCGGCUCCAAGUGCUCGAUCUCACCCGCAACGCCAUCACCGAGCUGCCCCCCGGGUUGUUUGAGUUCUCCGCGGCCCUUUACACGUUGGUGGUCAAGGAGAACCGGCUGCAGCAGCUGGAGGCCUCGUCGCUGCGGGGCCUGUGCGCCCUGGAACAUCUGGACCUGUCGGGGAACCAGCUUUCCGCGCUGCCUUCGGGGCUGUUGGCCAACCUCACGCGGCUCCGCAUCCUCGACGUGUCUGCCAACCGGCUGGAGGCUCUGCCCCCCGAUCUCCUGCGGGGUCCCCAGCAGCUGGAGCGCUUGCAUCUGGAGGGCAACCGGCUGCGCGUGCUCGGGAAGAUGGUCCUGGCCCCGCAGCCCCACCUGUGCUACCUGUUCCUGGGCUAUAAUCAGCUGCAGGAGGUGGAGGCCGGCGCCUUCCAGCACCUUCUCCAGCUGGACAUGCUGGACCUCGCCAACAACUCCCUGAGCUGCGUCCCCGAGGGUCUCCUGGGCUCCCUAGGGCAACCCUGGGUGUGUGGCCCUGACCUCGAUGACCUCUACCGUUGGCUGCUGGCCAACGAGGAGAAGAUGUUCUUGAGGGAGGAAACCCUCUGUGCAGAGCCUGCCCACCUCCGGGGCCAGAAGCUUCUAGACCUGGCCCGGACACUCUGAGCUGUUUG